AUGAAGGAAGAGUUGAAAGCUGAACUGAAGGCGCCGUAUGCGUACCGCCAAGACUUCAAGGUGAAAUACACUGGCUCAUGCUACUGCAAAGCUGUGCAAUUCGAGAUUGCACAAGAUUGCCUCGAUAGCAUGUACUGUCACUGUGAGACUUGUCAAACUCUACAUGGUUGUCCAUUUCAAUGGGCUGCUGUAUUGCCCAAGGACGCUCUACAGUUCCAGCCUGACGCACUUCAGCAUCUAAGUUGGUAUCAUUCGCCGUCAAAGCAGAUGGCUCAUGCUGUGCAAGAUCGCACAUUACCAUGCAAAGUAUCCUGCAAUAAGUGUCGUGCACCACUCAUGGAUGAAGGACGUAACAUGAUGUUGAUGCUCCCAGUGUAUGUUGACUUUCCACGCGCUCCGCAACCGGCGACGCACACAGGCAGUUCUGCUUCUGAGGACGAUGCCAGAGAGUCCCACGAGAGCGAGACUGGGCGCAAAGAGAUACCUGCUGCUUGGAAGGCAAAGCACCACAUGCAUUAUAGCAAGCGAGUGGUCGAUAUGAAGGAUGGGCUCACCAAGUUCCUUACUCGCAAAGGAGAAGGUGAAUGUAACGAUGAAGGCAAUCCCAUUCAGAACAGCAAUAUUUAA